AUGAACAAUUUCAGGGACGUUCAUUUAAGGAGUUUAACUUCAAAAAGAACAUAUGAUGAAUUUGACGCAGGACGGAGUUCUUAUAGUAUAUUCUGUAAGUGGUUGGAUGAUACAAAGACUAAAUUAAGGAAUAGUUUAGGGGACCAUCAAAAUGUUAAAGAUUAUGUAGAUAAAAUAGUAGAAGCCUGGUGCUACGGAUAUGCACAGGGAACAUCAGGUUUUCCCCAUGGUCCAACUUGUACUUUAUUUUAUUAUUGGUUGGCAGAUAAAUUAUUGAACGAAUUAAAAGUCGGUACUUCAUUUUUGAACAUUAUGAAAACAAUAUAUGACGAAUUUAAAAGUAUUCCUGGCGGAACAACCCAUGGCGCAGGAAAUGAUUGCGGAAUUAUAUACGAAGAUGGCAUGGACGAAAACCUUUUUAAACAUGCAAAAAUAUUAUAUGAGUACCAGCAGGAUCGUCAUAUUAUAGAGGAACAACACCUGAAACCACCCACUAAAUCCUGUACUCCAGAGUACAUUAGCCAUUUACAGAACAUUACUACAGCAUGCAGCGCUGUAACUGAAUACUGUAACAAACCUAAAAAUAAGGAUGGUUCAUAUUGUAACCAAUUCAAUGCAGCGAAGGACGGAGAAAGUGGUGGUUACUGUAGCGCAGAUAAGCUACAAAUACUUACAUGUGACUUACAAUCUACACAAGUACGAGUGGAGGAACCUGGAGCACAUGAUGAAGCAGGAAUAGCUGGUUCUACUCCCACCGCAGGGAACCAUGUUACCGCUGCUGUCUCCUCCAUCCUAGGAAUAGGAGCAGUUCCAGCACUUGGAUACUUUUUAUAUAAGGACGAAGGAAUAAUAGAAGACAACAAGAAAGGCAAAGGAAUAGGCACAAUAGAAAUAAUAUACGUUACCAAGCAAUAUAACAUUUCCUCCCUACACACGGAAGGAAGGAGCAAUAAAUAA